AAGAUCACGUGACAUGCGUACGGCCACUUCACGGAAGAAAUCUGCUGAAUGGCAGCAGUGCAGUUAUUUUUCUACUAUUAAAUAAUUUUUCCGUCAGAAAUUCGUCGAUAUUUUAUAGCCGUCAUUACGAUAAUGAGGCUACGCGUUCAGCUGCAGUGUAAGAACUUGCAUGAGUACCUGAGAGAGCUGAGUCCUGAGAUUUUGGACAGACUGUACAACCAUCCAGCAACAUGUCUGGCUGUCUACAGAGAACUCCCCUGUUUGGCCAAGAAUUAUGUAAUGCGUAUGCUGUUCCUGGACCAGCCUCUCCCCCAGGCAGCAGUAGCAUUGUGGGUGAAAUUAGACAGUCAGAAGGAUCAUGAUGAAUGUGUCUCGGUGUUGGCAGGACUCCGCCUUUGGCACAGUCAGCAGCUGCAGGGUGGUCUGCAGGGAUACAUUUUAAAUCCAGUGUUCAAAGAAAACCUGAGGAUUGCUCUGCUUGGCGGGGGCAGAGCAUGGGCAGAUGAGGGCAGCACUCUGGGUCCUGACCGCCACGCACGGGACAUUGAGAGUCUUGACCGCUACGCAAUGGAGCGCUGGGAGGUCAUCCUGCAUUUCAUGGUGGGUUCUCCCUGCGCUGCCGUCAGUCAGGACCUGGCUCAGCUGCUGGUUCAAGCAGGCCUCAUGAAAAGUGAGGCAGGAGAGGCACCCUACAUCACAUCAGCUGGUUUCCAGUUCCUCUUAUUGGACACAGCCUCUCAGCUUUGGUACUUCACCUUGCAGUACCUCAAAAGUGCGCAGUCCAGAGGGAUGGACCUGGUGGAGAUCUUGUCCUUCUUAUUCCAGCUCAGUUUUUCUACUCUUGGCAGAGAUUACUCAGUGGAGGGCAUGAGCGAGUCAUUACUCACCUUCCUGCAGCAUCUGCGGGAGUUUGGACUUGUCUUCCAGAGGAAGAGGAAGUCAAGACGCUACUACCCCACCAGAUUAGCCAUCACUCUGGCUGCAGGAGUUACUACCAGCUCUUUACCCUCCUCCUCCUCCAAUUUGACUUCCACCACUGGUACUGGAGACGCAGGCUUUAUUGUGGUAGAGACCAAUUAUCGUAUCUACGCCUACACAAACUCUGAACUUCAGAUUGCGCUGGUGGCUCUCUUCAGUGAAAUGCUCUAUCGCUUCCCGAAUGUAGUGGUGGCUCAAGUAACAAGGGAGUCAGUGCAACAAGCCAUCGCUAACGGCAUCACAGCACAACAGAUUAUCCACUUUCUCAGGACUAGGGCUCACCCUGUCAUGCUCAAACAGACCCCAGUGCUACCUCCAACCAUAACAGAUCAGAUUAGACUGUGGGAGCUAGAGAGAGAUCGACUGCAGUUCACAGAGGGAGUGCUCUAUAACCAGUUCCUCUCCCAGGCUGAUUUUGAAGUGCUGCGAGACAGAGCCCAGGGUCUGGGCUGUCUGGUGUGGCAGGACGUGGCUCACCGGGUGAUGGUGGUGACACCACAGGGACACAGUGAGGUCAAGAGGUUCUGGAAACGACAGAAGUCUAACCCCUAACUGGAGGAAGAGAAAUGAAGAGCAGUAGUAUCACACCUGCUUGCUGUUCCUCCUGUGACAGGAUUUUCUUUCAGCCACAGUUGUUCAUCGCUGUGAGUGCUGUAAGACAGUGGAGAUGAAAUAAUUUCUCUGUAUAUUUCAUGAAAUGUUGACUUUCAUGUAUCCUGAAUUAAAUACUGAUAAGAUGAUGAUA